CAUUCGGGUCGCGCCGACGUCCUGCUCAGUGACGUCAGCAGUGUGCGACAGCGGCUCGUUGGCGCUCAGAGAGAAAAACAGAAGAAGAACGAACACAAAGCUGCAUCUGUUCCUGUGGAUCAGAGAUGCAGUCUGGAUCUGGAUCAGAACCUCCAGGAUCUGGACUGAAGUCAGUCAGAAGAUCUCCUCGUCUGUCUCCUCAGUGCAGCGACGAUAAAGGAAAGCAGGAGAAGAAAGGAGGAGGUCGUCUGCAGGAGGCGAAGAGGAGAGGAAGGAUGGAGAGGAGCCGAGAGGAAAAGGAGGAGAUGAACGACAGGCUGAAGAAGCUGGAUCUAUCGUCGGCCUCCAGUGGAACAGGUCUGGUUUACUCUGAGAUCUUCACUCAUCAUAAGAACCUGUGGGAGCCCAGUCAUCCAGAGAGUCCGGACAGAGUGACGUUCAUCAUGGAGGAGCUGGAGAGACAGGACCUGCUGUCGCACUGCAUCAGAGUGGAGCCCAGAGAAGCUACAGAAGAAGAGCUGCUGCUUCUUCACACGAAACAAUAUCUGGAUCUGAUGGAGUCCACUCAAAAGAUGUCUGACUGUGAACUACACACACUGAGUGAUCAAUACGACUCUGUUUACAUCCAUCCUGAGUCCUUCCAGGUGUGUGUGUCUGCAGUGGGGUCAGUCCUGCAGCUGGUCGAUCGGGUCCUGACCUCUGAACUGAAGAACGGAUUUGCUGUCAUCAGACCUCCAGGUCAUCAUGCUCAGUCUAACAAGUCCAACGGUUUCUGUAUUUUCAACAACGUGGCGAUUGCAGCUCAAUACGCUCGGACCAAACACUCAGUCAGCAGGGUGCUGAUUGUGGACUGGGAUGUGCAUCAUGGUCAGGGCAUCCAGUACCUGUUCCAGGAAGACCCCAGUGUGCUGUACUUCAGUGUGCACAGGUAUGAGGGGGGGUCUUUCUGGCCUCACCUCCCAGAGUCUGACAGUCAGUCUGUUGGUGGCGGACGAGCUGAAGGCAGAAACAUCAACCUGCCCUGGAACAAGACGGGGAUGACAGACGCUGAUUACAUCACAGCGUUUCACCAACUGCUGCUGCCAGUAGCUCACGAGUUUCAGCCUCAGCUGGUUCUGGUCUCUGCUGGAUUUGAUGCUGCAGUCGGAGAUCAGAAGGGGCAGAUGUGUGUGAGUCCUCAGUGUUUCCAAGUUCUGACUCACCUGCUGAUGAGUUUGGCUGAAGGUCGCCUCGUUCUCGCCCUCGAGGGAGGUUACAACCUGCAGUCGACAGCAGAGGGCGCUGCAGCCUGUGUCAGAGCACUGCUGGGAGGAGCCUGUCCUCCCCUGACUCCGCCCACAGCUCCGUCUGACAGUGCUCUGCAGUCGAUCUCUCAGACUGUCUCUGCUCUGUAUCCACACUGGGCCUGUCUGCAGACACUGGAAGGCACCUCAUUGGCUAAAGGCAGCCUCAUCAGAGCACCAACCAAUGAGCAGAGCAGAAAGCAGAGCAGCCCCGCCCCCUCUGUGGCCACAGCAACAGGUCUGGUUUACGAUGAGAGGAUGAUGGAGCACCUGAACCUGUGGGACAGACAUCACCCCGAGCAGCCUCAGAGGAUCUCCAAGAUCUACUCCAAACAUCAGCAGCUGGGAUUGGUCCAUCGCUGCCAGCGGAUACCAGCUCGCCUGGCAACAGAGGAGGAGCUGUGCAGGUGUCACAGUGUGCAGCACAUUGAUCAGAUGAGAGCCACAGCGGUGAUGAAGCCCAGAGAUUUACACAAACUGGGACUAGAGUUCAACUCCAUUUACAUCAACAACCAGAGCUUCCAGUGCGCUCUGCUGGCUGCUGGAGGCUGCCUCAAUGCAGUGGAGAGCAUCCUCACAGGACAGGUGAAUACCGGCGUGGCGAUUGUUCGUCCUCCCGGUCAUCACGCAGAGAAAGACUCUCCCUGUGGUUUCUGUUUCUUCAACACGGCAGCACUCGCCGCUCGCCACGCCCAGAAAGUGUCCCAUGAUGCAUCGCUGCGGGUCCUUAUCCUGGACUGGGACGUUCACCAUGGCAACGGGACACAGCACAUGUUCGAGGACGACGACAGCGUCCUGUACGUCUCCCUCCAUCGCUAUGACAACGGGAUGUUCUUCCCGUCUUCAGAGGACGGCGCCCCUGACAGGGUGGGCGUAUCCAAGGGGGCGGGGUUUAACGUUAACGUAGCGUGGAGCGGAGGGAGGAUGGGCGACUCAGACUACCUCGCUGCCUUUCACCACAUCGUCAUGCCGAUAGCCACUGAGUUCAACCCCGGUCUGGUUCUGGUGUCGGCUGGGUUCGAUGCAGCUCGGGGCGAUCCCCUGGGUGGAUAUCAUGUGACCCCGGAGGGAUACGCCCACCUCACACACCUGCUGAUGUCACUGGCUGGGGGGCGUGUCCUACUCAUCCUGGAGGGAGGUUAUAACUUAUCGUCGAUCUCUGACUCCAUGGCGAUGUGCACCAGCGUGUUGCUAGGAGACCCUCCUCCCCUCCUUGGCAACGCCCCCCCCCCUCCUCAUCACAGCGCCGUGGCGACAAUCAACGAGGUCAUCCGACACCACGCCCCCUACUGGAGGUCACUGAGGAUACACAUCCCAGAGUCUGUGCGGGCGUCCCUGCCCUCCCUGAAGCAUCGUGGGAAACGUAGUUCUAAAGGAAAAGGCAGGAAGUCUGAGCAGAGCAGCACAGACAGACCGCCGCUGCCCCCUACGGAACAGGAGGAGACGACGGCGCAGCGCAGUCUGGAGCAGCUCACGCAGGGAUUGGCCAGUUUGGACAUCAGUCAAAUCUCAGCCGCUCCCACUGCGUCCACCCCUGUGGGCGGGGCCAGACCAAAGGUCCGCCUCAGCCCGGAGAAGGUCGCCUGCGAGGGUGAAGUGAAGGAGGAGUCACCUGAGCAGAGCCAAUCAGCAGAGAGCACGGCGCCGCCGACUCAGGCUGUUGCCGCGGCAACGUCAGAGUCGGUUGCCGCCGGAGACAAGGCUGUUGGCGAAGCGGGGACGGGGCCAGAGGGAGCGUGUGGUUGGUCUAAGCCUGAGGCGUCUGUGGAGCUGCUUUGUGGAGGACAAACAGACGCCACUCUGUAUGUGGUGGACCCUCUGCCCUGGUGUCCUCACCUGGAUGCUGUUAAGCCCCUCCCCCCCUCAGGUAUCGAUAUCUUCCAGGUGUGUCAGGACUGCGGCUCCGACGCAGAGAACUGGACCUGUCUCACCUGCUACCAGGUGUUCUGUGGUCGUUACGUUAACGAGCACAUGGUGACUCAUGGCGUCGUAUCCGAGCACCCGAUGGUCCUGAGCUUCUCCGAUCUGUCUGUGUGGUGUUACCUGUGUGAGUCCUACGUCCACAACCAGGUUCUGUUUGAAGCUAAAAACGUUGCUCACUGCGCCAAGUUUGGAGAGGAGAUUCCUCCCUGGAGCUGAGAGGAAGAGGAGGAAGAGGAGGAUGGCGGUGUAAAAGCUGCAAGCUGUUUCUUCCUUCAGUGUGAUUGGACUGUCGAGUGCAUCGUCAUAGAAACAAUGUCCAGCAGCAGCAGUGGUGCUUUGUGGGAAAUGUAGUUGAAUCCAGUGACAGCUAUGGGAGCCCACAACUGCCAAAAAAACAAAUAAAGAAAUUAUGUUUUUAUUUUAUUUUUUUUGUUUUUCAACUGCCGAUUGGUGCUGAUCUUCUUCAUCUUCAUCAUCUUCAUCAUCUUCAUCAUCAGGGCUCGUCAGCAGGUCCUCGGUUCAGUUCUCUGUGGCCAAUCACCAGCAGACUGUCGGUUUGUUGCCCAUUAUUGAGAACACAAGAACAAGAGUGACAUCAGAGAUGAUGUCACCAAGAGGCCACGCCCACAACCAGCGGCUCAAUAACUUAAUAAAUUAAAAUGUUUCUCUGAUUUUUGGUUCCUGUUCCUGCCGUCGGGUUAUUUUAUUUAUUUCAGGUUCUGUCAGAAAAAAAAAGAUUUUGACUCCAAAGUUUAUUGAAAUAAUUAACGAGUGCAAUAUUCUCUUCCUGUUUGUAAAUGUUUUAUUAUUGUUUAAAUGUUGUUUGUUUGUUUAAGAUCAACAGUCAAUAAUCACAGAAUUCAUCUUUUUCUGUUUUUACCAGGAAAUAAAGUUUUUAAUAAUCA